GUUUCGACGGCGUGGAGAUUCACGGGGCCCACGGUUACCUGAUAGACCAGUUUCUCAAAGACGGCAUCAACGACCGGUCCGACCGUUACGGCGGUCCGCUACAGAACCGUAUCCGGUUCCUCGUCGAACUUGUCCGAUCCGUGACCUCUGCCGUUGGGCCGGGCAGAGUGGGCGUCCGAAUAUCCCCAGCCAUUGACCAUCUCGAGGCCCAUGACUCCGAUCCCCUUUCCCUCGGCCUUGCCGUUGCCAAGAACCUCAAUGCGAUACAGAAUACCGCCGGUGAGAAGCUCGCCUACCUCCACGUCACCCAACCGCGAUACACGGCGUACGGUCAGGCGGAGGCAGGGCGGUAUGGUAACCCGGAAGAGGAGAGCCGUCUGAUGCGGGUAUGGCGAGAUGCGUACGAGGGGACGUUCAUUGCCAGCGGUGGCUUCACUAAGGAGCUCGGUGAGGAGGCUGUGGGCGGCGGUGCCGCAGACCUGGUGUCUUAUGGCCGGCUCUUUAUCUCUAACCCGGAUCUGCCGAAGCGGUUUAGGCUGAAUGCCGGUCUGAACCGGUAUGUAAGAUCGACUUUCUACACGCAGGAUCCAGUGGUUGGGUUUACGGACUAUCCUUUCAUGGAAGAAGAACGAGCCCAAUCUCGACUGUGAAAAAAUGACGCUGGAAUGUCAUGAGUGGCGUGCUUCUGGAAUUUUCUAUUUAGCGUUUGGAGUAGAAAUAAUGUUAAUCUGUUGGGCUUCGGGAAUAUUAUUGAGC